AUGGUUGGGACCCCAAUUCUUCCCUGGAAACAAUCUGGUAGAAUCAUGUCUAUAUUUUCUCAUUGCGUUCUUCUUCUUCUUCUUACUCUUCUGUCGUCAGUUUCCACUUCGGCAGCUGCAGAAGCAAGAAUUGACAACCUUUUGCCACCUUCUACGUUGCAGUUCCCAAAGAAACAAGCAGAAAAGUUCAUCAGAGAGCUGAACUUGUUUCCCAGAAACGAUGUCAACAUUGUAGAGGAUGACCCUGCAGCCGAUACACCAAAAAUCAUUGAAAAACGUAUUCAGUUCCCAUACCUUAGUUAUUCUAAAGCUGGUAAUUCUGCUGGAGCUACUCUUGAAGACUUUGGCCACCAUGCUGGCUAUUAUAGGCUUCCACACACCAAAGGUGCCAGGAUGUUCUACUUUUUCUUUGAAUCGAGAAAAAAAAACAUAAAUGACCCUGUUGUUCUGUGGUUAACUGGAGGGCCAGGAUGCAGCAGUUCGUUGGCUUUGUUUUAUGAGAAUGGUCCUUUUCAGUUGACAAACAACCUUUCACUUGUAUGGAAUGAUUUCGGUUGGGAUAAGGAGUCGAACCUUAUAUACAUCGACCAGCCAACAGGAACAGGGUUCAGCUAUUCUUCUGACAGGAAUGAUAUACGGACCAGCUCAGAGGAAGCCAGUGUCGAUUUCUACGACUUCCUACAGGCAUUCUUUGAAAAGCAUCCUCAGUAUGCGAAGAACGACUUUUACAUCACCGGAGAAUCAUAUGCUGGGCAUUAUAUUCCCGCUUUUGCUUCCCAGAUUCACCAGAGAAACAAAAACAAUGAAGGGCUCCACAUAAAUCUUAAAGGAAUAGCCAUUGGAAAUGGGUUGACAAAUCCAGAGAUUCAGUACAAAGCAUACCCUGAUUACGCUUUAGACAUGAAACUCAUCGACAAGUCUCAGUAUGACAACCUAAGCCAGUCAGUCUUGACAUGUCAACAGGAAAUAAGAUCUUGCGGCGCUAACAGAUCAUCAGCUUGCUCUCGUGCCUACUGGAUUUGCAACAACGUUUUCAAUGAAAUCCUUGCAGCCAGUGGUGGUAUAAAUUACUACGAUAUUCGGAAAAAAUGUCAAGGUUCUCUCUGCUACGACUUCUCAAACGCAGAGGAAUUCCUAAACAAGAACUCAGUUAAAAAUGCUUUAGGUGUCGGCGACAUAGUAUUUGUUUCGUGUAGUAGUGUAGUUUAUGAGGCAAUGAGAGGGGACUGGAUGAAGAAUUUUGCAGUUGGUAUUCCUGAACUAUUACAAGAUGGAAUCAGGUCACUAAUAUACGCUGGGGAAUACGAUCUUAUUUGCAACUGGCUAGGCAACUCAAGAUGGGUAGAUAACAUGACAUGGUCAGGUCAGAAAGAUUUCCUGUCGGCUCCGUCUGUCCCGUUUACAGUGGAUGGUGCGAAGGCUGGUGAACAGAAAAGCCACGGACCUCUCACUUUCCUCAAGGUCUAUAACGCCGGUCACAUGGUUCCCAUGGAUCAACCGAAAGCAUCGCUGGAAAUGCUGAGGAGAUGGAUAGCAGGGAAACCUCUGUGAAAAGGCAGAG